AUGGGCAAAAUCACCAAGACGAUGCAGUCCAAGCACAAGGAGACGCUGUCUCCUUGGCUGAAAAGCUACGUCGAAACUGCUUCCACGAUCGACUUGCCGUCCCUACCGAAGCAUCUAGCAACAUUUCCAUCGAGAUGGCCCUUUGGCCGUGGCGAUUUGUAUCACUGGAUACCGCUUCUAAAUCGAUUUGACAGCAUCUUGGAGCAUUUCUGCAAAACUUAUAAUCUUAAUCAGGGCCCGCAGCCUCGGGACUUCGCCUGCGACGUACUCCUCAACGAUGUGAACGAUUCGCCAUUCAGCAACGAGAAGAAAUGUUCCACCGACGAGCUCCGAGAACUCGGUUUCCCUUUGGAUGGCGACAGAGUGCUGAUCGAAGCAGUUUUGCGAUUCACUCGCAUGCUUCUGGAGCACUGCGGAAAUCGCAGCAUCUAUGCGAGCAGCCCACACCUCAACGAUCUCUUGAACAGUACUGCACUAUCUGUUCUCACUUCGACGUUGGAAGUAGGCUCUGAGCUAGCUCAGAGAUACCAGGCUUCGGUCAAAAGAAUUGGCAAUGCCUCGCGGCAAAUAAGUACUGCCCUGUUGGCUAAUCACUACAAUAUCGACAUCGACCGGGUCCAGCAGAUUGCACUGCCAUUUACCAAAACCCCGAUCAUAAACCUAGCCGACUCAACCUCGUCCGCAACGCCUACUUCAGCUAAAGGAAAGGAGAAGGCUCAUGGAAAUGUUAGCAGAAACUCCACUGCCACCAAUGCCAGUGAUCUUGUUGCAGUUGCUACUUGUGAUGACGCAAGAUGGCAGGGAUGGGGCGAUGUGAAAGUGCUUUACUACCCACAAGAUGCUCAUGUCAAUACCGACGUACCAAACGACGCUGGUCGAUCAUCGCUCCCAGCGACGCCAACGCCACUACGCCGGAGCCAUACCGUGGGCAAUCAACAGAAUACCCCCCGAGCUCGGAAUGUUGCGGCAGACGACUCCUCUCCAGUUCUACCGCGAACUCCGGCAGUUUCUGAAGAGCAGGCCACACCGGGCCAAAAGUCGUUCGAUUUGCCCAAAUCUGUCAUCGUCACCACAUCCAUCUAUGAGCUCGUCAAGCGUUGUCCCGAUGACAUGCCGCCUCCUGCAAAGUACGAACUGUUUCACCGAAUUCGAGUCGCCAAGGCACUCACAGAAUCAUUGGAGUCACGCCAGAAAAUACUUGCAACUCGUCUGCUGGCCAUCACGAAUCUGGCAUACAUACAUACCGAGUCGAACUUUGUUGACAAAGUCCUUCGCCAGGAUAUCGACGAAACCAGAAGAUACCAACUCGUUUAUCAACUUGCAGAGCUGAUCCAACCAUCUGCGGAUGGCCAUGCAAGUAUCCCCCUUUGGCUCCAAACCUAUGCCCUAGCCCUCCUGGAGGCCGUCUCGGGCUUCCAUGCCAGGUGUCAGGAUGUUUUGUCUGCUCUGAACGCGAACGUCAAUCAUGGCAUUUUACUCUACGUCAUUAGAAAGGCCGUAGCUGGCAUGCAGGUUGACGACGCUACCGACAACGGUGAUCAAGCCACUGAAGCAGAUGACUGGCGUAACAACCUCUUCUCUUUGACCUUACACCUGUCCAUGGCAACACGCGUUGGUAGCGAAAUGGUUUCAGCUGGCCUCAUGGAUAUUUUGGUCGAGAUCUUGAACAUCCGUUCUCAUGUGGCGCAACGACACCAUUCGAUGGUUCUGGCAUUUCUAGAUGGCCUUAUAUGGACAUAUCAGAACGCAUUUACGGCCUUCUUCAAUGCCAGCGGGCUUGACGCGGUAGCACAACUCCUAGUAGACGCCGUCACCGAAGCCCAGUCUUCUUUGAAGUCAUCCAAAGGUGUCAAGCCAGACCAGCAAUCGGCUGCUGUUGACUAUGAAAUACCGUACUAUCAGCAACAGACCUUGAAAUGGCUCCUCAAGUUUGUACACCACAUCAUGACAAAUUCGUACAGCUAUGGUGGCAAUACGGACCGCUUGCUAAGGAACCUUGCGGAAAAAUCGGACUUGCUUCACAGUUUACGGGAAAUCAUGGCUAAUAAGCAAAGCUUCGGAUCAGUGGUUUGGACUAAUUCCGUCACCAUCUUGAGCGAUUUUAUCAAUAACGACCCAACAAGCUUUGCUGCCAUUUCUGAAUCCGGCAUGAUAAAAACAUAUCUCGAGGCCAUAACCGGUCAGCCACUGCCGGAGCAGCAGCAAGGGCCGGAACCCAAGCAGCCUGAGCAACAGCAGCCACAAGAGCAAGAAGAUGCCGACUCCCCUGACUCCUCUGUUGUGGCUUCUAUUGCCGAUGAGGAUGACCGGCCGCAUCCCCCGAGCGACGAUGAUAUUCGUCAGACAAGACGCAAUAAACCUGCCGAAGGUAUUUUGGCCUCUUCAGAAGCAAUCAAUAUUGUCCCACAAGUCUUAAAUUCUAUCUGCUUGAACAACAUGGGCAUGAAGCUGGUUGUCGCCUCCCGAGCCUUUGACAGCUUUCUUGAGAUCUUUGAGAGCUCCCAGCAUGUUUCCUGCAUGGAGGCGGACAACGACCUGGCAGGCAAUGUCGGUGCAAACUUUGAUGAGCUUGCCCGCCACCAUCCGCCGCUUCGGACCUCAAUUUCCAAUGCUGUAAUCGAUAUGGUUGCGAGGGUACGGUGGCUCGGAAUUGAGAGGGGAACGGAGUCUGACUGGGGUGCACGACUGUACGUUACCACAGCAGAGGGAACAGUCGUCACUGUUCACCCGAAUGAGCACUUCAUGAAAGCCCCAACUGUGGACUCUUCACUUGAGAAGCAAGACAAGACCACCGAGGAAACGGAUAUCAAUAUGUCCGAUGCAGCCACUGCCAAUGAGGCAACGCCCGAGAAGACGAACAAGGCCCAAAAAUUAGCUCCAGUACAGUCCCUUACGCCAUAUAUUCAUGGUCUGGCCAAUUUUUUGACCGGGUACCUCUCCAACUCACUUCUCAAGGCCAAUUUUGUUAAAAAGGGGGGCAUUGAGCUUCUUCUUGACCUGUGUGAGUCCCCGAGUUUGGACGCCUCUUAUGGUGAUUCAUCUGCUUCCAGAGUUCUCAAUCAAGUCAUUGCCCAAUUAGUUGAACACUCCCCUGUUCGAGGACUGCCAUCGCUUUUGCGCCGCGCACAGUUGAACAUUGACGUAUUGGAACCUCUCGGAGCCAAAACUGAGGCUCUUCCACCAUAUUUUGGAGCCUUUUUGGCUUCAGAUCUGCAUGUUUGGAGUGAUGACCCAGAGGAGUCCAAAGUUGUCCUAAAGGCUACUCAAAAGAUCAAAGCAUUGUUGAACGCCCAGACUUUCAUAAAGAUUAUUUCCGAUUGUUUUACGACUUCGAGGUCCAACGCGUUACAGUUCUACCCCGUCAACGUCUAUGACUAUUAUUUGAAGCUGGUCAAGUCUAUUGGGCCACUGCUGCGCGGUGUUUUGGCAGAGGAAGCCGGUGAGCUUUCUGUAGUACCGCAACAUUGGUCUUUGCGCCGGCAGGGCUUUCUUGGCGUAAACAACUCCAGCGAGGGCCGCGAUGGAGCAGGGAAUGACGAGCCUUCCAUUCCAGAUGUUCUCAACAAUGGUUCUGGGAGCUGGCCACCUGCAGAUGGCUCCGACACGUCAGCCCCUGUUCAGCCGACGGAACAGGAGCGCUCAAGUGCCCGAUUCCUGAACUAUGAGAUGCUGCGUACAUUGUUGCACCCUAUGAUCCCAACAUCCUUCCCCUUGUUUCAAUCUCUAGGCAAAGCGCUACUCCCACGACGGGAGCCAAAUCAUCUCGAUCCAUUUCCUAGGCCAAGACAAUUGGAGAUUGCGAUGGCGCUGGCAGAUACUGUCCUGUUGCAUCUUGGUCCAUCAGUCGCUCAGCCUGAGCCAACCUCCAAGGAUUUUCAUUAUUGGAUAAUCAUGCUUCACACAAUUCACGAGAUGCUGAUAGACCACCCAUCUCCCCGACAAAGCGAUCGGUCCAGCGUACAAAUAAUUAUGCCAGUUCUCCUUGCUUUCAGAGAACAAGGUGGUCUUGAGGUGCUGCACUCAAUGUUGAAAACAUUGGCAUCCUCUGUGAGAGCCGAGCCUGAGAGCAGCACAGACGAUGCAUCGAAGGCAAAGGUUGCAGCAUUUGGUCUCAAGAAAGUACUGGAUCUUUAUUAUAUUUUGAUAAAUGGAAAAUACUUGUCGGAGAGCAGCAAUCAUUUCAGCCUCCAUCGUCAGGCUGACCGGUCACAGAUGGUACCCAAUGUGCCUCAGCAGAUUGUGGUAGAGUUCCGUACAGCGAUUCUCCCUGCUGUCAUGGAGCUAUGGACCUCCAACUUCAUCGAAAAAGUUCCCGACGCCACGGUGAAGAGGUUGUUGGAUAUCCUCAAACUUGUGUGUGCUGCCGAGAAUGAGCCGACAACCGUCCCCAAGGAUAGCAAAGGGCCACUGAUGCUCUUCAAAUACACUGAUGCUAGAUUUAAUUGGGCACCCCUUCGAAGUGUGGUGAAAGAGACAUUGGAUUCAGGCUAUGAGGAGAGUCUUGUUCACGAAGCCGUCUACAGGGGCAACGGGAACAGCGCCCCUGUCAUAGAGUAUUGCCGCGCUCAUACAGAUGGCCUGGCCGGGCCUCGAAACCCCAUUCCCCCAGAGGACGCAGACCUCUCUGCUCUCCAGCAGGAAUCACCAAAGGACCAAGAAGCGCCAUCGAGUUCCAUUGCCGCACCCGACUCAGAUCAAAUGAUUUUGGACACUCUUCCUGAUAUAUCGGCCGACGACAUGGUUGAAUAUGUCGACCGACACAUCAACAAUAUCCAGGCCGACAACGGUACCACAUCAGAAGCCGCGAGUCUAACACCCUCCAUUAAAAAGGAUGAACCGGCGGACAAGGAGCCUGGUAAUAACUUUUAUGUGGUUAAGGAAGAGCUAGAUACUAUGCGAUCCAAGAUUCGCGGAAGCCUGAUUGACCAAUGCCUUGAUGUCAUUCGAACCCAUCCCGAGACCGCGAUUGAAGUUUCGGAUUUGGUAUCCGCUACCAUUUUGAGGCAGAAAAACCAGGAAGCUCAGGAAGAGGUUGCCUCUACCCUUACCUUUGCGCUUUCCUCUCUGGCUUUGGAUGAGGAAGAGAAGCGCAGAAACGGCAAAUGCAUCGCUGCCUAUGCCCACCUCUUGGCUUUGCUGCUUCAAGACGAGAAAUUUUUUGAGCACAAUACAGAAACACUCGCCGAUAAGGUAGACGAGUAUGUUUGUUUCUUGAAGGUCCCACUGUCUUCAUCGACGGAUGAAUUGCCGCCUUGGAUUCCUUACAUUCUGCUUGUGCUGGAGGUUCUUCUUUGCCAUGACGAACGGCCAGUACCAGUCCAGUGGAAGUCGCCAAAAUCCCUGGAUGAUCCUGUUUCUGAGCCUGUAGUCCAACUAGGUCUACCGCUAGUUGGCGACGAGAACCGAAGUAAGAUCUUGGAGUCGCUACUAGACUUACUCCCUCGGAUUGGCAAGGAAGAAAUCUUGGCCACAGCAGUGCUCAGGGUGCUUCUGAUAUUGACUCGGAAACGGAACCUUGCAAAGGUUGUAGGCGAGAAAAAGAACCUUCAGCGAUUGUUUUUGAUGGCCAAGCAACUUUCCGGCUCCGGCUCUGAGCGUCUCAAGCAAACCAGGCUCACUGCACACAUCAUCACCAUCUUAAGACACGUCAUCGAAGAUGAGGAGAUAAUCAAGCAAAUCAUGCGUGCAGAGAUCCAAGCGGACUUUCCCAACUUGCAAAGGAAUCAACGGGGUCACCCUGAUGUGCCAUCGUAUCUGCGAGCAAUGGCACCCGUUGCACUUCGUGCCCCAGAAUUGUUCGUGGACGUCACGAAUGAGCUGCUUCGUUUCCAACGAUGGAUCGCACCCUCUGGAGAAACCAGCCGCCCGCAACCGUUGGCGUGGAAGGAUCAACGACCAACUGGCAAGGCCGAGGAAGAGAAGCCAUCUGCAGAUGAGUCUUCGACGGAAACCGUGAAACCGUCAACCGAGCUUGCUGACAAGGAGAUGGCUGACGCCCCGAAGCCUCAUCACCACGAUAUGAAGCGACCUGUCGUGGAAAACCCUGAUGGGGUCAUUCACUUCUUAUUGUGCGAGCUGGUCAACUAUCGGGAAGUAGAUGAUAAGGAGCCAACUGCUACUUCCGAUCCGAGCACAGAAGCGACCAAGGUGCCCAACUCUGAAGAUGCAAGCUCCAAGGACAACUCUACCGCAGACGGAAAGGACAAGAAACAGCCAAAACCUGUUUUCAAGGCCGAAGAGCACCCAAUUUUUGUUUACAGAUGUUUCUUGCUCAACUGCUUGGCGGAACUGCUCCAGAGCUACACACGAACCAAGGUUGAGUUUAUCAACUUCAAGCGCAGCGCACCGCCCUUAUCGACUACCACCCCAAUCAAGCCACGGACCAGCAUUUUGAACUAUCUUAUCUACGAUUUGCUAUGUCAGGGGAAUCUUAAUGGUACUACCGACACCAUUGCCUCUAAGAAGAAGGCCGCGACUUCAUCCUUGACACAAAAAGUCCUAGUGGCGCUCGUAUCAAAGACCAGCGAAAAGAUUCCAGAUCGUGGAGCUGAUAAGUUUGCCUACGACGACGAACCCGACCUGCUCUUUGUCCGGAAAUUUGUGUUGGACACCAUACUGAAGGCGUAUGAAAAGGCACCGCUUACUGAUGAGCCUCUUGAAACACGUUAUUCUCGCAUGCAAUGCUUGGCUGAACUCAUGAACCACAUGGUCGGUGAGAGGGAUAGAGACCAAAACCCGAAUUCGAGAGGUGGCGACAGCCUUCAAUCUCGCUCACAAGCGCAGCUCCGCCGUCUGAUGUACGAAAAGGGUUAUGUCGACAAACUCACAUCGUCAAUCGCCGAGAUUAGCCUGAGCUACCCCGGGGUGAAGCGUGCCAUUAAGUAUAUCCUCCGUGUCCUCCGUGUGCUCACCGGCACUGCCAAAGAAUUAAGUCACUCGAGCAUCCUGCCUGCGAACCCUGCAGGUGACCAGAGUGACGAGGAAUUUGCCUCGUCCUCAUCACUCUCUGAUGUGGAUGACGAUGACAGGGAAGAGACUCCAGACCUGUAUCGCAACUCUGCUCUUGGCAUGUUGGAACCUCGAGGAGAAGAUGAUGAAUCUGACGAGGGUGAUGAAGACGAUGACGAGGACAUGUAUGGUGAUGAAUACGACGAUGACGAGAUGGACUAUGGUGAGGAUGACAUGUCUGAUGGGGAGGACGAUAUUAGCGAUGAGGACGAAGAUCUCAGUGGCAUGGGAGAAAUCGAGGGUCUCCAUGGGGAGCCCGGUGUCGUCGAAGUUAUCAUGGAUGACGACGAAGACGACGAAGAGAAUAGUGAUGAGGAUGACGAAGAUGACAUGGACUCUGCUGACAUGGAAGAUGUGGAAGACAGAGUAGAGAUUGUUGACGAAGAUGGAAAUCCCUUGGAGGAGGAUGGAGACUCUGGAUGGGAAAGUGAGAGCGACGUUGAAGAAGACGAUGAUCCUGACCAAGAUGCUCUGGACUAUGACGCGGAAGUUCAAGAGGAAGAGGAAGCCCACAUGCAUGGCAUGGGUGCAGGGGAUUUGCUCGAUAAUAUGGCACGAGCCAUUAUGGGUGAUGAUGGUGGGUAUGACCAAGGUCUGGGUCUCGACGACCAUUAUCUCGAUGAUGAUCACGAGGAUGGCGAAGACGAUGACGAAGAUGAAGAUAUCGAUGAUGAGGAGUACAUUUACGACGAGGAUUACCCAGAUGACCAAAUGCCGCCAAUGCCGUCCCUGGGCUGGGAUGCCGCGGACAUGGAUGAUCGAAAUCGUAAUAUGCUCCUCGUUGACGGCCAUAGGCGUCCCGCGUUGGCUCGAAUGGACAACCGAAGUCCUUUCCCUACCCGGUUCAUGGGUGGAUCUCAUCGCGAUCAACUAGGAGAGUUUCGUAGCUACUUUACGUCACGAAACCACCGAUCCGCAGGGCCACAGUCCAAUGCUGAAGAUGGCCUGAACCCUCUUCUGCGCCGCACCGACCAAACAACUGAAGGCUCUCCCCGACCUGGUCACACUCAUGCCUUAGACUUAAGAAUCCCACCUGGCCUGCUUGGGGGUGGCCGCCACUCAAUAGAUGGCCCCAUGGGUUUACUAGGAGAGCUGAUGGAGUUCUUGCCAAUGAUGGGCCGAAAUGGAAAUGGCCAACAAGCUUUCCAUUUCCACAUCACAGGUCCUGGAGGACCACGGGAAUUAAGAGACCUUGGUCCAGCACGUUGGGUUAGAACGGAUAGUCGGCGCGAUGCAGCGGCCCAAGAACCUCAUCAAGCAGUCUCUUUUUCUCCAGAGUCGACCUUGGAUCGUUAUCAGGAGGAGGCCAGGAUGAUUUUUGGGGCCAACCACACCGCCGAGGCAUCGAAGCUUGGCAACAUUAUUACCGCCCAACUAACUCCUGCCGCAAUUGAGCUCGAGAAGAAGAUCAAAGCUGAAGAAGCAGAGCACCAGAGGCGAGCUGAGGAGGAGCGCAAGAAGCGGGAGGAAGAAGAGCGCCUUGCCCGGGAGGCCAAGGCUGCCGAGGAAAACGCUGCCAGAGAAAAGAAAGAGGCAGAGGAACGUGCAGAACAGGAGCGACUUGCUCGUGAACGUCUGGCAACGGCAGAAGCUACUGAAGCAGAGCAAGCUGAUACUUCCGGCGGAGGAGCGAUGGAAGGCAUCGAAACAUCUGAGCCGGCAAACGAACCCGAGGUUGCAGAAGAGCCGUCAUCGACGUCCACGGCUGCUGAACAACCUCGCGUCAUGACCACAAUCAGGGGCGAAGAAGUCGACGUUACAGAGCUGGGUAUUGACCCUGAGUAUCUAGCAGCCCUGCCUGAAGAAUUCAGAGAGGAAGUGAUUGCACAGACAGUCAGUGAGCGGCGUUCUCAAGCACGUGAGGAAGCCAUAGCAGGAGAAUCAACCGACGUGUUCCAAGAAUUCCUAGAUGCCCUUCCUGACGAGCUCCGUCAAGAAAUUGCCCAGCAAGAGCGACAGGAAGAGCGCAGACGGAACCGGGAAGAGGCUCGGCGCCAAGCUACGGCAGCCUCUGGACAGCCGCCUCCUGCCGAAAUGGAUGCAGCUAGCAUCUUGCUCACAUUCCCCCCUGCCCUUCGAGAGCAAGUUCUCAUGGAUCAAGGCGAAGACAUAAUGGACCAGCUCACACCAGAGAUGGCGGCUCAGGCGCGGGCUUUGACCCAACAACACCGCCCCAUGCCUCAACAUCAGGGUAUACGGUCCAUCGUGGUUCCUGGGCGUGUACCGCCCCAAGGCGCUGCUCCCGACCACAGCGAGGGCAAAGCGCAGCGUCGAACGGUGGUGCAAAUGCUUGACAAGUCUGGCGUUGCAACGCUGCUGCGUUUAAUGUUUAUUGCUCAGCAAGGUUCCAUCCGAAACUACUUGUUUAGUGUCUUCGCUGAUGUCUGCGAGAAUCGACAAAAUAGGGUGGAAGUAAUCAGCACGAUCCUUCAGAUUCUUCAAGAAGGUAGCACAGACAUGAAUGCGGUUGAACGCAGCUUUGGGCAGCUGUCGAUAAAGGCCCGAAAGCACAAGGAGCGUGACAACGAGCAGAAAACGCCUCAGAGUCUUAAGAAGACUUUGACAAAUCUGGGAACUGCCGCCAGUGCACAAGUCCAGCAAACCAACUCAGAAACAUCUCCGCUCCUAAUCGUUCAACAGUGCCUCGACCUUUUGGUAGAUCUGUGCACAAGGAGUCAACACAUUCCGUGGUUGUUUUUGACCGAACACGAAGUAGUGGGCUCUACUUUGAAGAGGGCCCUGAGCCGAAAAGUGAAGCUUAAGGACUCCAGGGCUCACAAGUUUGCGAUUAAUUCUCUGUUGACAUUACUGGAUCGUGAGAUUGUCACAGAGAGUUCCGUUGUCAUGACUCAUCUCGCUGACUUGCUAAAUCGUGUGACGUUGCCUCUUCUCAGUCUGGAACGGAAGCGAAAAGAUUCCACAGUGGACGCUGACAAGACGACAUCAACUGCUGGUCCUGUCGAAGAAGAACAAACUGCUGCUGCCGAACAGCAACAACAACAGCAACCUGAAGCAGCCUCUUCCACCGAUGGUGCCGCACAGCCCGCGCAGAGUUCCGAACAAAAUGCGGAAGCUACUGCUGCUGACCCUGCGGCUGCGGAGGGAGAAUCUCACCAACAGAAGAAAGAUUCAGGCUCCAAAAAGCCAAGACAACUGCAACCACCAGUCAUUCCACCCCAAAACCUCACUCUGGUUGUCAAGAUCUUUGUUGCCAGGGAAUGCAGUUCCAAGACCUUCCAAAAUACCAUCUCAACCAUCAAGAAUCUGUCGGCUAUCCCAGGCGCGAAGGCAGUCUUUGGCCAAGAGCUUGUGAAUCAGGCCCGCCUUCUCAGUGAAAAUAUCGUCUCAGAUCUGGAUGACCUUCUGCCUCAUAUUGAGCAGGCCACCUCUGGAACUGAAAUCCAAGGCGUUGCACUUGCCAAGUUCUCUCCAGGGGCCUCUGAGCAAAACAAGCUUCUUCGUGUUCUAACGGCGCUGGAUCAUCUGUUCGAUGGUCGCAAGAAGAACGGCGAGAAGGAGACGGAGGACUCCAAAGAACAUGACAAACAACACCUGGUCACUUCUCUCUAUCACAAUUCCACCUUCUCUGCCAUGUGGGAGAAGCUUAGUGCCUGUCUCAAGGCUAUUCGAGAGCGAGAGAACAUGCUGAAUGUCGCCACCAUCUUACUGCCAUUGAUUGAAUCCUUGAUGGUGGUGUGCAAAAAUACCACAGCAAGCGAUGACUUGACACAAAGUCAGGUGGGCAAGGGCAUGGUUCUUUCUAGCCCACCACCUGAAUCCCGUACCGCCAGCUUGUUCUUCACCUUCACGGAAGAUCAUCGUCGGAUACUGAACGAACUCGUGCGCCACAAUCCAAAGCUCAUGUCAGGAACCUUUGCUCUCCUGGUUAAGAAUCCCAAGGUUUUGGAGUUUGACAACAAGCGCAACUACUUCAACCGCAGCGUUCACUCUCGAAACAGCCAGAAUAGCCGCCCGUCUUACCCGCCCCUACAACUGUCGGUCCGCCGUGAUCAUGUCUUCCACGAUUCAUUCCGAUCGCUCUACUUCAAGUCGGGCGAUGAAAUGAAAUUCGGCAAGCUCAAUAUCCGAUUCCAUGGAGAGGAGGGUGUCGAUGCUGGUGGUGUCACGCGCGAGUGGUUCCAAGUGCUCGCUCGACAAAUGUUCGAUCCCAACUAUGCUCUCUUCACUCCAGUCUCUUCGGACCGUACUACCUUCCAUCCCAACAAGCUAAGCGGAAUCAACCCAGAGCACCUCAUGUUCUUCAAGUUCAUUGGACGCAUCAUAGGAAAGGCUUUGUACGAAGGCCGGCUGCUGGACUGCUUCUUCAGUCGAGCAGUAUACAAGCGCAUACUAGGCAAGUCUGUCUCAGUCAAGGAUAUGGAGUCUUUUGACCCAGACUAUUAUAAGUCCCUGUGCUGGAUGCUGGACAAUGACAUCACGGACAUUAUCACGGAGACGUUUUCAGUUGAAGAUGAUGAAUUUGGCGUUACGAAUGUGGUUGAUCUGAUUCCCAAUGGCCGAGAUGUUGGUGUUACUGAGGACAACAAGCACGAGUAUGUCCGUCUGGUGGUUGAACACAAAUUACUCUCAUCUGUUAAGGAGCAAAUGGAGAAGUUUUUGCAGGGCUUCCAUGACAUCAUCCCUGCAGAGUUGAUCUCAAUUUUCAACGAGCAGGAACUCGAGCUACUAAUUUCUGGUCUGCCUGACAUUGACAUUGAUGACUGGAAGAGCAAUACGGAAUACCAGAACUAUACACCAUCUUCACAGCAGAUUCAAUGGUUCUGGCGAGCUGUUAGGUCGUUUGAUAAAGAGGAACGAGCCAAGCUGCUGCAGUUUGUCACUGGUACCAGCAAAGUUCCUCUUAACGGAUUCAAGGAGCUCGAAGGCAUGAACGGCAUCAGCCGCUUCAACAUUCACCGAGAUUAUGGUGAUAAGGAUCGAUUACCAUCAUCCCACACUUGCUUCAAUCAACUUGAUCUUCCAGAAUAUGAAAGCUAUGACAUGCUGCGGGCUCAACUUCACAAGGCCAUUACUCAAGGCAGCGAAUAUUUCGGAUUUGCGUAG